CCUCCCGUGCUGCCACGAUGGCAGAGCUGUUCAUGGAAUGUGAAGAGGAAGAGCUUGAGCCCUGGCAGCAAAAAGCGAAACCGAUUGUCGUAGAUGAUGAUGAUGACGACGAUGAACCCAUCUUUGUUGGGGAGAUUGUGAGCUCCAAGCCAACCAGUUCCUAUAUAUUGAACAGAGUCAACCCCAGUUCAUCGCGGAUGGGAAUGCAGAAUGGUGCAGCCAGAAGAGGGUUCCACUCUGCGACAACCAGACCGGCAACGACCACACUAGCUGUCCAGCCACAGCCGCGGGUCAGCAGCGCACCAGGGACCUCACCAGUCUUGCAGCGGUCUCUCUCUGGAUGCUCAGCCCCCCAGGAGACAGCCAAGUCCAGCCCUGGACUCACGCAGCCCAUCAGUCGCUCUCCCACUGCUCCAUCCUUGUCGAGGAACCUCAGCUUACCUGGACUGGCCCAGUCAGCCUCCAGGCCCGUGGCCACAGUGACCGCACAGCCAGUCACGUUAAGCCGGGUUACACCAAACAAUACUUCGGGCGUAGCCUUUGCCUUGAGGCCGAAUUCAGGAGUGCCACAGUGCCAGAGUGGAUCGACAGUGAUUACAGCAGGUUUGUCCAAGCGUCCUUCUACUUCUGAGGCCGAUGGUAUUACUCCAAAAAAGCCCAAGGCUAAUGAAAUGGGACUGGGAAGUGAUUCCUCUGGAUUGCCUUCCAUUCAGUCUCCCAGUGACUCAUUGCUUCAGAAAGGUGUUACAUCAAGCAAUAUUAAGAACGGAGCGCCUUUUCCACAAGCAUGUCCAAAAUGUAAUAUUCAUUUCAAUCUUUUGGAGCCAUUGAAAAAUCACAUAAAGUAUUGCUGUCCAGACAUGAUGCAUACCUUUCUGGGAGCAACCAAUACAGACUAUUCGGCUGCAUCAGCUAAAACCGCUGAAUCUGAAUCAGGGAAACUGAUCAUGCUAGUGAAUGACUUUUACUAUGGCAAGCAUGAGGGGAACGUCCAGCAGGUGCGCCAGGAGCAGAAGACACAUACAACUUUCAAGUGUGCCAGCUGCAUGAAGCUCCUCAAAAGUAACAUCAGGUUUAUGAACCAUAUGAAACAUCACCUGGAGUUGGAGAAACAGAACAGCGAGAGCUGGGAGAGCCACACCACUUGCCAGCACUGCUACCGCCAGUUCCCAACGCCCUUCCAGCUCCAGUGCCACAUCGAAAGCACCCAUACCCCUCACGAGUCCUCCACUAUAUGCAAAAUAUGUGAGCUCUCCUUUGAAACUGAGCAGGUUCUUUUGCAGCACAUGAAGGACAAUCACAAGCCUGGGGAAAUGCCCUAUGUGUGCCAGGUGUGUAAUUACAGGUCUUCAACAUUCUCAGAUGUGGAAAAACACUUUAGAGCCGUUCAUGAGAACACAAAAAACUUGCUCUGCCCAUUUUGCCUUAAAGUUAUUAAAAUUGGGGCACCGUACAUGCAUCACUUUAUGAGGCAUCAGAAAAAGGGGGUGCAUCGCUGUACCAAGUGCAGACUCCAGUUCUUGACUUGCAAAGAAAAAACAGAUCAUAAAUCUCAGCAUCAUCGGACGUUUAAAAAACCUGUUCAGCUAGAAGGAUUACCUCCAGGAACCAAAGUUACCAUCAGAGCUUCCGCUGGGUCUCUUCAGCCAGUGUCGACAACUGCUUCCCCAGUUAGUGCUUCGCCAGUUAGUGCAAAUGUAUCCACCUUACAGUUGUCACCUGGUGCUAAAGUGGCAAACACAAAGAGCAACAGCAGACUGAAUGCAAAUAAAGCAAAGACAAAACUGAAGCCCCUGAACAUUCAGAAGAAGCAAAGCCUGUGCACCAGCAAUAGCAGCACUAGCAGCAUCAGCAGCCUGAAUAGCAGCAGUGGGAACAGCAACAAAAAGAACAAUAAAAUUGCAAAUACAGCGUUAAACCAUCUGAGGUGUCCAGAUAUUCAAAAAUGCAUUGAAUGCAACUCCGACAUCAGGACUUUUGCCAGCCACUUCCCAGCUUACGUCCACUGCAGUUUGUGCAGAUACAGCACAAGUUGCAGCAAAGCUUACGUGAACCACAUGAUGAGUUUUCAUAGUGAUCGUCAGAGUAAAAGAUUUUGGAUUUACAAGACACAUUCAGAUGAACUGAGGGGCAUGACUGUUGUCUGUCUUAACUGUGAUUUCCUGGCUGAUGUUUCUGACUUGGACAAGAUGGCUGCCCACCUAAACGACAAUCAAACACACACUUGCCAAGUAAUUGUAGAGAAUGUUCCCAUGGACCACUUAGCUGCUGAAAAUCCUCUGGGCCUGUUGGACAAAACAUUACUGGAUAACGAAAGUGAAGAAAAAUCCCAGAAACUUCCAGGGCCCAGUACACCUGAGGAAGAAAAAGAAACCUCUCUUUCUGAAAGCUCUCAAAUAAAAGAUGUUCCAGAAGAUGCAAUUAAAGACCAUUUUGGAAAUCAACAUGAGGAUGCUGCUUUAGUUGCCAAGUGUGAAGAAGAAAACAAAGCACCAGUUCUAGCAAACAGUUUUGGUCCAGAGCUCCCGGACAGCUCCAAUGUCCCAAGAGAAGGAGAAAAGACGGAGAGCCCCAGAAAUCAGAGCGAGGAAGGCUGCGCAGCUAUUGAAGGUCAAGAAACAGAGUCUCCACCUCUCAAAAGCAUGUCUACUCCUUGGCUCCAUGCCUGCGCCAAAGACUCUGCGGAGGAAGGAAAUGGAGGUCCUAGUGGAAGUCAGACAGAUGAAAGUCUUUUAGCUGCUGAAGGUGAAGAAACUGUACCUGCAUCAACUGCAGAAGAUGGCUCCCACUUGGAAUUCCAGGCUUGUUCACAGUACUCUGCCAGAGAUGGAAACACAGAAGUCCUUGCCGGCCCAGGAGAUGAAGAUCCUGCGGCCACUGCAUCCGAGGACAGCACCAGGCUUCCAGUCCUAGAAAAGCAUAGCAAUUCAGGGCCCUCUGCCAGCUCAGAAGAUCCCAUGGACACGGCUGAAGGUGGAGACCCAGACUGCCUAUCAAGUCAGGAAGGUGAAAAACACACCUUGCCAUCAGCUUUGCAAAACGAAAAUAGUUCAAGGCCUUCUGCCUGCUCUCCAGACUCGACAGAUGCUGCUGAACUAGGAGAUGCCAAUUGCCUUUCAAGUGAAGGGAACAGUUCUCUAGUGAUGGAGUGUGAAGGAAGCGCCUUGCCUUUGGUUCUAGAAAAAAGCCCCCUUUCAGGGCCUACUGUCUGUGCAGAUGAACCUGUAGAUGCUGCUGAAGAAGAUUCAGAGGACCAAGAAAAGAGAGGAAGUGGUGGUCUGGCCCCUGCAUCUGAGGAAGGCCCCUUGUCCUCCAUUCUAGAAGCCCCAUCCAGCACAGCACCUUCCACCUGCUCAGAGGACCCCAUUGACGUUGCUGGAGGAGGAGGAGAUGAUACCAAAGGCUGCCUGCCUGCUGACAGAGAUGGUUCUCAAGCAGCUGAGAGUGAGGAGAGCCCCUUGCCCUCCACUUCGGAAACUGAAGCCAGCUCAGUACCCACCUUCUGCUCAAAUGAAUCUAUUGACCCCUCCCAAGAAGCCAAGAGGGACAGGCUUGGAAGCGAGGCUGGUGAAGAAGCUCCUUCAGCUGCUCACCAUAAAGACAGUGCUUCUGUGUCCAGUGGAGAAGAGUUUUGCAUUUCAGAUGGUCAUGCUUGUCCUACAGGAUCUCCAAAAGAUGCAACAAGAGACCAUCUCGGACACAAGUCUGAUGGGGGUGAAGAGACCGUCUCUGUUGGGUCACCUGAGGAAAGCACCCCCUCUCUGGAGCCCCAGGCCUGCCCAGAGGCAUCCUCACACGAAAAGGCAGUGCCCGAGGAACCAUCCCAGCCUGGAGGAGGUCCUGACACGGGUUCACACCAGCAUUCGGAGGCUGCUGUUGUUGCUGUCCAAGCGCAGGCGGAUGACUCAGAUGAAGCUGAGCAGGCAGACAUGAACCUGAACAGUGAAGAAUUGGCAUCCGACAAAGAUGUCAGUUUUGAGCAGUUCUUGAGAAGAAGAGGGGAGCCAGACUCGGCCACUUCAGACGUGAGUGAGCAGGGCAGCGUCCAUCUGGAGCCCCUGACUCCCUCGGAGGUCCUUGAGCAUGAAGCCACAGAGAUUCUGCAGAAAGGGGGCGUUGCCUCCUCUGCCAAGGCUUCCCUGGAAGGUUCUGAACAAGGCGACGCUCCCUCUUCAGACCCGGGAAGCCCAAGCCCUGAGGAGGCCCUGCUGGACCCUGCAGACAGAAGCGAGGAAGCCAGCUGAAGCCAAAUGUCAACAGAACCCAUCGCUCUGCAGACUAUUGGGCAUCCUAACAGUGAAUCGUGUUGCACACGGUUAAAGUUUAUGUGUGACAAAUCAGCCCCUCUGUGGUGCUCCCGGGGGGCAGGAUGAGCCAGCCGUGGAGCCUGCCUGCAGUGCCCUCCUCACCUGUGAAGCUGAGAGGGAAGCCUCUUAGCCAUUUGCUCCCAAGCAGUGUCCUCGAUCUCCCCCGCCCCCUUGUAAGAGCCCCUUAGGUUUUUUUAGUCCUGGGAGGCUGUGUUCUGCUGGAGCCGUUGUCGUCUCUCUGCCCAGAGUGUGAAGCUGGGCUUGCAUGUUGUGUUCUUAUCCCCUCAAAUUAUGGCAGUGAAGGGAGAGGGAAGAUGGUUGAAAGCUCUGGAACCUCUGGAUCGGCCUGAGCCUACGCAAAAAGGGGGUGACCUGAGACUUCCAGUGAAAGUGAGAAUCGAAAACAUUUGGUGAUUUCCUAUUGUGCCAGCCCUGAUGACACACUACUUGUACAGAAGAGGACACACUGUGGACUUUGAGGCUAUUCCUGAUGUCUAAAAGGGUGUUCUUACUGACAGCAGGCUCCCAAACCCCAGCUGUUUUGGAAGAACCCGGAACUGAACUAGAAAGGUGUGAACUGUUACCUCCCCCAGACUGAGGAUUAAAGAAGACAUUGAAAUCAGGCAUUGAGACAGUAGUAGUCUAAAUCCGUGUAAAACAAAACAAGAAUUGGAUCAUUUGGGAAUGGGGUUGGCAUGAAAACCAUUUUGCUACGUAGCCAGGUGAAGGAAUGCAUACUAUGAUUUAACAGUAGUUUGCUUUUUAAGUAUUAACAAGUGUAAACUGAAAUGCUGUUAGCUGACUCUUUUAGGAAGUGAUUUUGGACUCAUUGAGGUUUGUUUCUAUUGGACUUAAAUGUUUUGAACUUCUGUUGAGACACUGAUGUACAUAUUUUGGAGUAAAUAUUUGCAAGAAAAUGA